AUGAUAUGGCGUGAAAAGUAUUUUAGUGAUCUUUCUGACAAUGGGCUUGCUGUUUGUGUUGAAGAUGGUUCUAUUUUUGGCAAUACCUCGCUUCCGUCCAUCCACACAUUAAAAUUCGCUUCAAAUCGUAUUCGAACAGUACCUUCAAGAGCUUUCGAAAAUUUUCCUGAUUUACAAUCGCUGGAUUUGACUGAUAAUCCUAUUGCAAGUAUACAGGAAGGUGCUUUCGAAUCUGUCCAUCUGAAAAAUUUAUAUAUAAAUACUUCAUCCUUGGUGUGUGACUGUGAAUUGAGAUGGUUUCCGAAAUGGCUAUCGUCAUCUGGACUUGAUCGUAGUACUAUAUCUACUGUAUGUUUGCAUCCAACAUUUCUACAAGGCAUUGAUAUAACCAUGGUUGAUGUAUCAAAUCUCACCUGUGUUGAUAAUUCUCCUCGCGUGCGCUUAGUGAAGCAUCCUGUUCCAUCAACUAAAGCUUUACUUGGUUCUAUCGUGCAACUUCAUUGCAUGGGUUAUGGUGCAUCACCACUAGAAAUCACCUGGAAGGUGAUAAAAAGUGGUGUACAUCGGAUUCUUAUCCAUGAUCCAACAACCGAUUUUUAUUUCAAUCGUUCAAAUAGUAUAAAUGUUUUAAAAUCUUUUAAUCGUAUUUCAGGCUCAAAUGGUAUUUCCCUUGAAUAUUUAAGCAGCGAAAUGAAAUUAAGUGAUAUAACAUUCACGGAUGAAGCUGAAUAUCAAUGUGUUGUUCGAAACCAUUUUGGUUCAGCUUAUUCACUGAAAUCAAAAAUUAUUGUUUAUCAGCUCCCUGAAUUUCUUGUAUCUCCAUCUAAUGUUUCUAUCAUCAAAGGUGGAAGCGCUAAGCUUAAAUGUUCAGCACAUGGUGUCCCACCUCCUGUUGUGAAAUGGCGGAAAGAUGGCGGUGAAUUUUUUCCUGCUGCGGUUGAAAGGCGUUUGCAUGUGAAGUCAAAUGAAGAUACUCUCUAUGUUAUUAAUGUUUCUUUAGCUGAUGCCGGUUUGUAUACUUGUCACGUUAGUAAUGAAGCUGGCAAUAUUGAGAAAUCUGCAUAUAUUUUCGUUUUCGAAGACUUUCGACCCCAAUUGGAAGACCGCCGUGUUGUUUCGGGCAUGACGGUUUUUUUUACUUGUUUAACAAAUGAGCAACCUCAAGUCCGUGUAGAAUGGUUGCACAACGGUAAACGUAUCGAUCCGUUAACUGCGCCUUCUCAUAUGACAUUCAAAGCUGAUAAUCAGAUUCUAGUUAUAAAUGAGGCCCAUACUUCGGACAGUGGUAGUUAUGGAUGUGAAUAUAAAGUUGGACCUGACGUCCUGAAAACUGCUAAUGCUAAAUUGAUUGUCGAUGUUUCAUCCGAUGACUGGAAUAAAUGUCGUGGAGCUGUGGAAGUUGUCGCAGUUAAACCAAAUUUAUAUAUUAUUAUCGCUAUAUGUACAUCAUUUUUCUUCGUGGUUUUCAGCCCAAUUAUAUGUAUAUUUUUGCGCUCAAGAAAACAAAAAAAUAUGCAUCGUUAUUCAUCCGUCGAGGUUAAUUUAUAUUUGCAUAUAUCAGUUCAAAAAACAAUUUCGGAUGCAGCAAAAAGUAAAAUGGUUAUCGGGAGCACGGGAUGCGAUCGAAUACAUUUGCAAGGAUUUUCAUUACAGUCAUCGAUAUAA